AUGGCCGAACCGUCAAAGGACCCAAAACAACCCACGGAGUCAAAAUUGACUCCGGGAGACUCAACGGAGUCUCCCAUCGCAGGUGCGUUGGAUGAAUCGGGGUAUCAAAAGAUACUCUCAGAGUUCAUCCACAUAAACCUCCUCGAAAACUGGGGCGAGUAUACUGACGACUCGGAUUCGUUAACAGAAACAUCCGGGGAUCUUUCUGAUCCCCUCCCAGUCACUCAGGAGGACAUCGAGCAGGCAAACCGCUUAGGUGAGUUGUCUGCAUCGACACCUCUCCCUCCCGUUCCCGAGGAAGACGCCGUGACGACGGCGAUGGAGGUAGACGAUGUGGUAGUCGAGGCGCCAGUCGCCACCUACCCAUUGGAAGCAAUGACAAGCCGUCAGGCUUCUGCAACUGCAGAAGCCUCAGGCAUGGAUCUGUCGUCGCUGCCUGCCCUUCCGCCGUCUCCGCCUCCUCCACCGCCCAGAACGUACCCUCAAAUUGAGGGUACUGUAAACAGCACUGGUGGUCCCAACUGGGACCCCAGUAACUCCAACUUGCAGUACCACGAACGGUUGCAGAUAAUAAUGCACCCGGGAACGUACUGCGAGAUGUGCAGACAAUAUGUCUGCCAUCUCGACCACCACCACCUCUCCCACUCUGAUGGGGUUGACGACGCCACCCGGGAUCGUCAAGCUCAUCAAAGUAACCUUCUCCAGCAGUCCCGAGCAGAGGGACGCGAGGAAGGGUAUCGCAGCGGUCAAUCGGACCAACGUGAUAUAACGGAAGGAGAGUUGCGUCAGCUCCGCCAGCAGGUUCAAUCCCUGACGGAGCAGAACUCCAACCUUUCGGGGCGAGUCAGCGCGUUGAAGGCUCAACUGGGAGCCUCCGCGACGCAGGAACAGGAUUACGGGAGAAUCCGUGAAGACCUGCGUAGACUCGAGGAGUCUAACAAAAGGAAAAGCGCCCAGGUUAGCCAAUCGGCUAAACUGGCGUCCAAAAACGACGAGGAGUUGAAAGCCCUCCAUAAGAGGGUCAACGAGGUAUCCUCUCGGCUCGAGGAAUCCCUCGCUGAUUCACGGAGGCUUGCAGCUCGCAAUCGCGAGCUGCAGGAACAGUCGGACAGGCUCCAGCACGACCUCUCGUGGAUGAGGCCCGCGUAUGACAGCCUGAGGAGGGAGUACGACAAAGAGCGCAGGAUAAACCAUCCUGACGCCGCGUUCUCUGACUCCGACGAUUCCUAUGAGGGCUACCCGAAAGGGGCCCAUAGCUUCGCUCCACCAAAAGACUCGGGGUCAACAGAUCCCGUGGUCACCGAAGAGCAGGAUGAGGACAUGGACAAGCAAGUCCAUGAAGCCGAAGGAGCGGGAGCAAUUGCCCCCACCACAUCCUCCUCAACAACAGCAGGGCCAAAUGCUCCUGUUGUUCGUCUCCCACCACGCUCUCCUCCGACAGCAGGGCCGUCGCGUCUCACAAGGAUCGACGACUCUGAUGACGAAGGAGAAGGUUCCGGCCCGGAUAACGAGGUGUUGGCAGGCCUGGGAUGGAUGACUACCCCAGGCAUGCCAGGAUCUACGGACUCUGGACGCAGGCGCGCUAGGCGCUCUCGUCAAAGACAAAACAGGUCUAGACGAGAGGCCGAGCUGAUGGCAAGAAUGCCUCCGCCUGCAAAUGCUCCCGCCGCCCCUAAUCCCGCUCCUUCCUCUUCGUCUGACACGAGCGGUAAGCGCAAGCGUGACGACGAAGAAGGACAACAAGGCGAGCGGGAUUGGACACGCGGCUCCCUUCGUAGUGAGAGGGACUAUGAAGAAGUGAUCAUCGCGAGCGAGGGAGGCAAUGACUCCGCGACUCGACGAUUGAUCAUGGAGGAUAAUAACCUCCGAUGUGUACAACCAGAGAGACUGUCAUUGGGGCAGCGACGCUUCCUCCAAUGGUCAUCUCAAAGAGACCUGCGUGCACCCCGGCACGCUUCCUCCUCUGGUGAAGUGGGAGCUCCUUCGCGGCAAAAGAAGUCGCGAACUGAGGGCUCCGCUCCCAAUGCAAGGUCCGAGUCGCAAUCUGCGACAAGGACCAUCGCUGAUCUCCCGAGGCCCCGAGCUCAACGCAGCCGGGCUCCUCCUCCUGCCCUGCCUCAACCGGGCUCUAACGCGAGCGAUAGAGAAUGGGCAGAGUACUGGAAUCACCCCGGUGUGACCAUGCCGCAAGGCGCUCUCAUCAUCAGUGGUGAGAUCGAUCUUCGCUGGGUCCGCCAAUAUCGGUGGCUCGAGUCGAUCGCUCCGGGGGCUGCUUCGAACAGCCCAGAGGACAUGCUCGUGGCACGUCAGGAUGCAAACGCAUUCCGACGAUACACCAUGACCGUGGCCUCUGUUCCCGGAAACCUGGAAGCCCAAUGGGCUUACCAUUCUCUUCAAUCGGUGGUUCCAACUGGAACCACCACUCCGCGUCUUGAUCACUCUCUCAUUGGCAACGAGAGAGCGAUGUUGCGUCAUCUCCGGCUGGUAAUAACAUCAGCCGGACAGUUGCACGAGCUCGAAAGAUGGGCUCGUACUCGACGCAACAACCUUCUUGGUCGACCCGGACUCUCCGACGCCGACUUUCCUCAGGCUCCCAACCGGGCGAGCCUUGAGGAAACGUGGGCUCAAGCCCGUGAUCGUGGCCUUGCCCAGGAAGCCCAACCUUCGGCUUCCUGGUUCUCUCAAUCCGCCGCUGAGGUUCAAAUGCAACCUCCGCCUCCUAGAUCACCUGCGAGUGAGGCUCAAAUGCAGCCUCCCGCACAUCAACCUCAGCAGUGGCCUCAACCGCCACAGCAGCAGCAGCAAUGGCAGCCCCCACAACCGACUCUCACAUGGCAACAGCCUGUGCAGCAGCAGCAGUGGGCUCCAUAUGGGUCAACAUCGACUCAAUGGGGCCAGCUUACGUCGUUCGCGCAACAGCCCGGGAGUCAGGGUAAUGUUCCACCAGCUGGUGGAUUCACUUACCCGGCUCCCGCCCCUCAACCAUCCUACCCGUACUAUCAGGGCUGGCCGCGCGAACAAAGUUCGCAAUCCUACGCAUACCCUCCGUCGGGCCCUAACCAGUGGCCCCAACCGAGUGGUAGUGGUAUCCCCGCGGCUCCGCAAAAUGCAGGAGCCCCUCUCUCUUCGGCAGUGCCUCAGCCGGCACCAACUCACCCAACGAUAUACUCGUUUGGUCAGUUUGGUCCCGCUGGGGCUGCACUAGGUCCUCAAUCAGGAGCCCAGGCGGAGGCCGACCCAUCAUCAUUUCCACCCUCACCUCCAUUCGGUCCUCCUCCCCCUGGCCCUCCUGGACCCGCGCCGCCAUCCUAA